GACCUGCGCACGGUAGCUGGGUUGGGGUCGGGCUCCGGGAAUGGUGGGCGGCGGUCGCCGGGUGGGGCGCGACGGCAGCCCAGUUCCGGGCGGGGUGGGAACCCAGACGGGGGACUCCUAGGCGCCGGGCCCUCCCCGUACUUUUCCCCCUUCCCAGUCAUUUCUUCUGCGGAACCUCCACCCCUCCAGUGGGUGCGGGACGCUAGGCAGCAGGCCAGGCACCGCCGCUCUGACUGGGGGCCCCGAAGCAGUUAACGGGCCGGACAGCAAAGUGGAAAGUUAGACCAGCUGGGAUCAGGGGAGGUGGGCACCCGGCUGCAGGAGGCGCGGCCAGGCGGGCACUGCCCCCCUAACUUGCUGUCGAUCCUGCCGGUCUCGUCCCGCAGAGCCGGUGCCGUCUGUGGGGGCUUUGGGCCGGGGUCUCCCGACAGCAUGAGCGUGGGCUUCAUCGGCGCUGGCCAGCUGGCUUUUGCCCUGGCCAAGGGCUUCACAGCAGCAGGCGUCUUGGCUGCCCACAAGAUAAUGGCUAGCUCCCCAGACAUGGACCUGGCCACGGUUUCUGCUCUCAGGAAGAUGGGGGUGAAGUUGACACCCCACAACAAGGAGACAGUGAAGCACAGUGAUGUGCUCUUCCUGGCUGUGAAGCCACACAUCAUCCCCUUCAUCCUGGAUGAAAUAGGUGCCGACAUUGAGGACAGGCACAUUGUGGUGUCCUGCGCGGCCGGCGUCACCAUCAGCUCCAUUGAAAAGAAGCUGUCAGCAUUUCGGCCAGCCCCCAGGGUCAUCCGCUGCAUGACCAACACUCCAGUCGUGGUGCGGGAGGGGGCCACCGUGUAUGCCACAGGCACGCACGCCCAGGUGGAGGAUGGGAGGCUCCUGGAGCAGCUGCUGAGCAGCGUGGGCUUCUGCACGGAGGUGGAAGAGGACCUGAUCGAUGCCGUCACGGGGCUCAGUGGCAGCGGCCCCGCCUACGCAUUCACAGCCCUGGAUGCCCUGGCUGAUGGGGGCGUGAAGAUGGGACUUCCAAGGCGCCUGGCAGUCCGCCUUGGGGCCCAGGCCCUCCUGGUCAGUGUGUUUCCUGACCCUCUCGGGGGGCCACUCUUUGCAGAGCCCUGGGGCUGUACUGGGAGGAGCCAAGUGGGGAGUCAGUGUGUGCUACAGUGGCUGGGGCAGUGCCCUGCAGAGGCAGGUGGGUGCCCACAGCCGUCAGCCUUUCUUCUGGCUGCAGGGGGCUGCCAAGAUGCUGCUGCACUCAGAACAGCACCCAGGCCAGCUGAAGGACAACGUCAGCUCUCCUGGUGGGGCCACCAUCCAUGCCUUGCACGUGCUGGAGAGUGGGGGUUUCCGCUCCCUGCUCAUCAACGCCGUGGAGGCCUCCUGCAUCCGCACACGGGAGCUGCAGUCCAUGGCUGACCAGGAGCAGGUGUCACCGGCUGCCAUCAAGAAGACCAUCUUGGACAAGGUGAAGCUGGACACCCCUGCAGGGACCUCUCUGUCGCCUUCUGGCCACACCAAGCUGCUCCCCCGCAGCCUGGCCCCAGCGGGCAAGGAUUGACACGUCCUGCCUGACCACCAUCCUGCCACCACCUUCUCUCAUCACUAGGGGGACUAGGGGGUCCCCAAAGUGGCCCACUGUCUGUGGCUCUGAUCAGCACAGGGGCCAGCCAAGGACAUAGCCAGGGAGGGGCCACAUCACUUCCCACUGGAAAUCUCUGUGGUCUGCAACUGCUUCCCAGCCUGGAACGGGGGUGGAUUCCCCAACCUCAACCUCCUUUCUCCUCUGCUCCCAAACCACGUCAGGACCACCUUCCUCUAGGGCUCAGGAGCACGGAGGGUCUUCACCCACUCCUACUCCAGUAUCAGUUGGUAUGGGCUCCUUCCUGAGGGCAAAGGUCAAGGACCCCCUCUGGGAAGGCUCAGCAGAGGUGCGAUCCCAUGCCUCCUCCUGGCCCCUCCCUGCCCUCCAUUCAGGGAGAAACCUCUUCUUCCCGUGUGAGAAGGGCCAGAGGGUCCAGGCAUCCCGAGUCCAGCGUGAAGGGCCACAGCCCUUCUUGGCUGCCAAGCACCCAGAUCCCAUGGACAUUUGGGGAAAGGGCUCCUUGGGCUGCUGGUGAACUUCUUGUGGCCACCGCCUCCUGCUCCUGACCUCCCUGGCAGGGUGCUAUCACUUCUGUCCUGGCCCUUUCAGUUUUAUAAGUUGGUUUCCAGCCCCCAGUGUCCUGACUUCUGUCUGCCACAUGAGGAGGAGGCCCUGCCUGUGGGGGAGGGUGGUUGCUGUGGGUGGAAUAGUGGGGGCCUUCAACUGAUUAGACAAGGCCCGCCCACAUCUUGGAGGGCAUCUGCCUUACUGAUUAAAAUGUCAAUGUAAUCUAA